UAAAUUUUCUCCGAUCACUCUCUCUCUCUCUCUCUCUCUAAUUUAAUCCGAUCGAGACUAUGUCCAAAUUUCGCUAUCUGUUAUUUCUCUUCUUGAUUUUGAUCUCAUCGGUUGUUCGGGAAUCAAGUUGUUCGUAUGCUGGUUCGGCUACCUCCACCGUAGAUCCUAGUAAAGUGAAGCAGAUUUCAUGGAAGCCGAGAGCUUUUGUAUACGAAGGAUUUCUCACGGACCUAGAAUGCGACCAUCUGGUUUCUAUAGCGAGAUCCGAGCUAAAGAGAUCUGAAGUUGCUGAUAAUGACUCAGGAGAUAGCAAGCUCAGUACUGUUCGAACGAGCUCAGGAAUGUUCAUUUCUAAGAGCAAGGAUCCUAUUGUUUCUGGCAUAGAGGACAAAAUUGCUGCAUGGACUUUUCUUCCAAAAGAGAAUGGAGAGGACAUUCAGGUAUUGAGAUAUGAGCAUGGGCAGAAGUAUGAAUCACAUUAUGAUUACUUUGUUGACAAGGUGAAUAUUGCCCGGGGAGGACAUCGUUUAGCUACAGUCCUUAUGUAUCUCUCUAAUGUGACCAAAGGCGGUGAAACAGUUUUUCCCUUGGCUGAGAAAUCUCCCCGGCGGAGGGCUUCUGAAACAGACGAGGAUCUCUCAGAGUGUGCAAGGCAAGGAAUUGCAGUGAAACCAAAGAAAGGCGAUGCCCUUCUUUUCUUUAGUCUUGAACCAAAUGCUAUCCCAGACACCAAUAGUCUCCAUGGAGGCUGCCCUGUUCUUGAAGGAGAAAAAUGGUCAGCAACAAAGUGGAUUCACGUUGACUCUUUCAGCAAAAACUUGGGAAACAUUGGGGACUGUACGGAUCUAAAUGAAAGCUGUGAGAGAUGGGCUGCCUUAGGGGAAUGCACCAAAAACCCUGAGUAUAUGGUCGGAUCUGCAGAGCUUCCAGGCUACUGUAGGCGGAGUUGCAGGAUCUGUUGAUACACUCCAAAUUUGGAUACCUUUGGGCGGUAAAAUUCUUGAUUCUUGCCUUUGGAAGGAUAGUAAUUGACUUAUUUUAAAAUUAUUAUUGGCUUAUUUUAAGGUAUUGUUUCUUCUAAAAAUAAAUACAUAGACGUAAUUACUUGUUUCGUCACUCAUGAACUAAUUGUGUAGCUAUCUUAUGCCUUUUGAACUCUGAAGCACGGAUGAAUGAAGCAGUAGCCGUCGGGUAAUUAUAACUCUA